UUCAUCAUAAAUUGUGCAAGGGUGCUAUAGAACGCGCAAAACCAUCAAGAGCCACAAAUCAAGCACGCACGUUAUUACUUCGGCUAAAAUAAAAAACAACAUAGGAGUUCUACAACGAACAAAAACUGGAAUUGUCAAUGAGCUCCUAUUUUGUAAACUCAUUCUGCGGUCGCUAUCCCAAUGGCGCGGACUUCCAGUUACAUAAUUAUGGAGACCACAACUCGGCAAACGACCAAUACAGGGACUCAACAACCAUGCAUUCCAGCAGGUACGGCUAUGGUUACAAUGGGAUGGACCUCACUGUUGGUCGUGGCGGCACUGGACACUUUGUGGCCAGCGAACGGGCGCCCGAGUACUCCCCGAGCCAUUCGGUUGCAACGACGUCCUCUAUAGAACCAGCCAGGUACACUCAGCCCUCAAGCGCCACCGGGAACGUGUCUCUCUCGCCACCACCUGACCCUCUCCCCUGCUCCUCUUCUGUUGCGAACUCGUCCCCGGUCACCGAAUCACCUCAGCACCACCCCAUAAAGAACUCCAUAACAAGCUCCUGCUCAACUCCGAGCUCGAACGGCGGCACGCUGGUGAACCGGGUCUGUGUGUCUAAAUCUACCACCAUCCAGGAAGAGAAACCCGCGGGAAGCGCGCAAACAACUUCCCAAAAUGUCACCGAUUCUGCACAGCCCCAGAUAUACCCCUGGAUGAGAAAACUGCACAUAAGUCACGACAGUUUGUCUGGACCAGAGGGGAAGAGGGCGAGGACAGCCUACACGCGCUACCAGACCCUGGAGCUCGAAAAAGAGUUCCACUUCAAUAGGUAUCUGACCCGCAGGCGGAGGAUCGAGAUAGCGCACGCGCUUUGUCUGUCAGAACGCCAGAUCAAAAUCUGGUUCCAGAAUCGAAGGAUGAAGUGGAAAAAGGACAAUAAACUGAAAAGCAUGAGUAUGGCGGCGGCGGGGGGUGUGGGGUACCGUCCCUGAUAUUCAGUUGCUUGAUAGACUUUCCAUGGGCUGUCUGUGGACAGUAAACAACCACGUGUCCAAUACGGCCUUUCAGAAACACCUCCUCAUUAUGUUUAUUUUUUACAGUGUUAAUGUUUGUGUGAGUAAACAAAUACUUCUGUACAUUUCUGUGUAGAGUUAGAAAAACAAAAACGAAUGGUAAAUAACGAAUGGUGUUUGUUUAACUUAUUCAUUGUUCAGACGAAAAUAGAUAAUAAGCUUGAAGUCUACGAAAAUGAAUCCGUAAAAUAUGUAUUAAAAGUUGUGUAAUGCACUCAAAACACUAUAUAAAGUCUACUCGAAUAGGUAGUGGGGGUUUGAGUUGCUUUUGUGAAUAGCAUUUGUUUUAAUAUGUAAGUAUGUUAUGUAUUUAUUUUAUUGUAGUGUACCAUACUGUCACCUGGCUCCUAUAGCCUAAACUUAACAGGCCUUCUGUGAUUUUGUGUGCGUUGUGAACAAUGUGUGUGGCUAUGCUUUUAUAUCCUUCCUUUGCACGGGCUGCUGUACAGUUAUUCACUUGGUGGAGCGUCUUGUGCUUUUGUUUUUAAUUAUUAAUUUGUAUCAGUCUGUAGCCUAUAUUUCACGUGGAUAUCUCCGCAGUGAAUCCCAUUGCUUUUAAGUGUAGCUUAUUGCUCCAUAGUGAUAAUGAGCUUUUGUAAAUGUUUUUAAAGAAUGACUGGAAAUUGUAUACAUAUAAGUAUGAAAUGGAUUAUAAAUAAACUUUAUACUCGGAACAACA